GUUGAAUACUUAUCAUAAUGACCAUCACUCUGCGUCCCCUAGGCAAGAACGGCCCUUUGGUCCCCGCCAUCGGCUUUGGUCUGAUGAUGAUGACCGACACCAAGUAUGGAGCCGUGCCUGAAAAGGAUGCACGGCUUGCCCUCUUGGAUCGUGCUGUCGAGAUAGGAGCUACCUUCUGGGACACUUCUGACCUCUAUGGUGAUAACGAAGAGCUUCUGGCUCAGUGGUUCAAGAGGAGCGGAAAACGCGAUCAGAUCUUCCUUGCAUCCAAGUUCGGCUACGUGAGAGGCAGCAAGACCAUGGAAAUUGAUACCUCCUAUGAGGCGUGCAAGAAUGCUUGCAACAUGACCCUGGAUACCAUGGAAAUUGACCACCUUGACUUGUACUACGUGCACAAUGUCGACACGGUCACUCCCAUUGAACAGACAAUGCGAGCCCUCGUGGAGCUGCAGACCGAAGGCAAGAUCAAGCACAUUGGAUUGUCCAUGGUAUCAUCCAAUACGCUCCGCCGGGCCGUCAAGGUCGCUCCUGUCGCCGCAUACCAGCCCGAGUAUUCCCUGUUCGAUAGGGCCAUCGAGGGCCCUGCUGGAACCGAUGUUCUGGCGACCUGUCGUGAACUCGGCAUUGCGGUUGUCUGCGCGACGCCCUUGGGUAGAGGCAUCCUCACCUCCACCUUCAGCCAGGGCGGCGCGAUCGGCGACAACACAGAUCUGCGCGGAAAGAUGCUGCCUCGGUUUCAGGAUGGUGCAAGGGAGCAUAACGCAAACCUAGCAGGCAAGAUUAAGACCAUCGCCGACAGGAAAGGCUGUAGUUUAUCCCAAUUGGCCCUCGCCUGGCUUCUAAAACAGGGGGAUGAUAUCUUCCCCAUCCCAGGCACCAGACGAGUCAAGUACUUGGAAGAGAAUAUGGGUGCCCUUGGCGUCUCCCUUUCUGACGAAGAAGAAGCAGAGAUGAGGGCUAUUGUGGACCAGGGCCAUGUUUCAGGUGGAAGUGUUCCUGAUGCUUUUGCUGCCUAUAUUUUCCGUGACACGAAGAGUGAGUGA